AUCUGCUACGGAAGUAAACCUUCGCAGUCAAGCACACAUGCUAGGGUAAUUUUGACUUUGAGCUAUUUUAAUGACUGUGUUACCAAAUUAAUGCAGUUUUUUCUUUAUAAAUUAAAAAAAUAAAUAAAAGGCAGAUACACUUUUCCAAGUAUAGUAGUCGUUUAGGGUGAUGUUCAUGUAUCCACGUGAGGACCCAGUCAGUAAUCUGAAUUUAAACUCAUAUUUACUGCCUUAAUGGGACUAUUUAUUCCACUCUCUUUUGACAAGUAGGGUGACCAUGUCCGAUUGACCUACCGAGACAGGUCUGUGAAGGAGCAUCAUCUUAUAUACUCAUGCGCAGUUUUGUGAUUGGCUGAAGCUGCCCCUCAGUUGACGGAGGGCUGGCUGCAUGUGCCAUGAACUCCUCGGUGCACAGCUAACCCACAGCCAAGGUGUGCGACCAUGUUCAGGCUACAGUGCGUGAGGCCCUGCCUCAGACGACUCCUCCAUCAGGGUGUGGGGAGUAGAGACCAGGUUCUGGAGGGGCUGCAGGUUUGCUCCACCGAGGACCAGCUGCUCGAUGCGGUGGGGAGGAACAAAGCCAAGCUGACCGUGGAACAUGUGAGCUGUGCUGUGAAGAUGCUGUGGGGCUUUCAGAAGCAGAGACCCGAUCUGCUCAGGACCGUCCACCUCGUCAAGAGCCACCCGCAGUUCUUGACCCUGCGGGUUUUGGCAGAGAAUAAAAUCACCCUGAUGGAUGACUUCACUCUGGUCGACAUCCUUUAUGAUUUCCUCAGGCUGGAAGUGGAACCGCACGAUUCUCUUGUGCAGCAUUUGGUUUCAGAAGCUUGGCUGCGAGUAGACAGACUUCCCAUGGCAUCUUUGUCCAAGUUUGCAGUGGUUUUAAAUGAUCAUCACCUCCAAAACAGUCCUCUGAUGGGCCACAUCACCAACAUUUUGGACCAGAGGUUGUUGUCGAUAGAUAACUCCAGGAUCUUGACGGCUCUGAUGAUCAGCGUGUCGCCCCUGGUGUCGCCGCGGCUGCGGGACGCUCUGAUCAGCAGGACCGAACAUCUGCUGGACGCCGUCGAGCCCCAGUUCUUCAACACGCCAAGAAGGGUGCUGCAGUUCCUGCGCAACGUCAAGUGCACUCACCGGCCCCUGCUGGAGAAGUGCAACGACAUUUUCCUGCGCAUCCUUCCCAGACUGGAUGCCGACAAUAUCAGCAUCGUCUUGGCUCUGUAUCAGUCCCUGCAGUUCAACAACUGCGACUUCAGGCUGGCUGCUAAAGAAAGGCUGACUGAGCUGAUGGACAACUGCACCGACCCUGUGUCCUUCUCUAAGCUCUUUGUCGCCCUGGCACCAAUCGGUAGUCCGGAGAUCAGAGAGCGGUUGGAGAACACCGCCCUCCUGGUGGCCGAUGAGUUCAAUGCUCAGCAAGCCUUGGCUGUCGCUGAAGCCCUGGAGGAGAUUCAGAGCAGAAACCUCAGUUUAUUGAACAAAAUUGCAUCAGUGAUCCAGAAGAACCUCCACGUCUACAGGUCGGGGGAGUUGGCCAGGAUCACCCAGGCCCUGUUCCAGUUGCACUAUCAGAACCCAGCACUCUUUGCUACCCUCAGAAAGGUCCUGGUCAGCUUGUUGCAGCGCAGCUUCUACCCCUACGAAGUGACCAUGCUGACCCGGGUCCUCUCCAUGCUGCCCAGCCCACGGCUCGACGAGGGCGUGGUCUCGCGGGUGAGCGACGUGAUGGCCCAGUGCAACCUCGGCGAGCUCAACACCAUCUCCGUAGCCGUCGCCAAGUGGAUACGGAACGAUCCGUCGUACCGCCACACCACGCACAGCCGGUACGUGCGCCUGCUGCAGCAGCUGAGCCAGUGCGGCCGCGAGAGGCUGCAGACGGCCGACCGGCUGGACCUGCUGCUGGAGGAGCUCAAGUACGUGUCGGGGGAGUGGUUCGAGGAGAUGCUGCUGGAGGAGACCGUCGCCACGCUCAGGAGGAUGAUGGAUCAGAUAAACCCGAGCAACGUUCCAGACCUGGCCCUCUUCCUGACCCGGAUCAACCACCUUUACCCACCUCUGAUGGACAGGAUUGCCAGCGUGGCCUCUGAACACGUCGAGCAGAUUCACUUCUCAGCAACAUACGCCACCCUGCUCCCGUUUUCUGUCAUGAAUUAUGAACCUGUCAAUGCAGACGAGCUUUAUGAUGCUUGCAUUAAGCGCCUCACUCCUCACAUUCGUUCCUUUGACCCGCACCUGCUCGUCCUACUGGCAUACUCCUUGGCUGUAGCCGACCGUUUCCCCGAGGAACUAAUCAAAGAAAUCUUCAGCAUCAGUUUCCUUGGAAAACUCGACUGCCAGCUGGAAAGCCUGCCUGACGCCGUCAACAUGAGGACGCGGCAGCGCCUCAUGGAGCUCAACCGGGCCGUGUGUCUGGAGUGUCCCGAGUUUCAGGUGCCGUGGUUUCACGAGCGUUACUGCCAGCAGCUGCAGAGGAAAGGGAACGGCUCCGUCAGUCCGGUGCAGCAGCAGAUCCACAAAAUGUUGGGCGAGGUCCUCGGUGGAAUUAACUUUGUUCAAGCAGCCAUCGUCACUCCUUAUUUUUACAUCGUAGAUUUCGAAUGUAAGCUGGACAAACACUUGCAGCCGUUGUCCUACUCUGAGCCGAGCACUUUGCAGAUCUCAGACAGAGGAAAAGUCCUCUGGGACUCACGUUCGCUGGAAAACGGCCGAGACGAGCUUCCUGCCGGAGCUCAGCGCAUUGCUAUAGACUUUCUGGAUUCCAAGUUCUUCUGCAAGAACUCUCAUCACAUGAAAGGUGAAACCUUAAUGAGAAAGAGACACCUUGAAAUUUUGGGAUACCGAGUUGUUCAGAUCCCUCACUUUGAAUGGAACUCCAUGGAGCUUUCUACGCCCCAGGCAUGGAAGGAGUAUCUUAGAAAGAAGAUUAUGGGACAAGCUCCUUCCUGAUGCCUUCUUUAUGGGACAUUGGCAGAAAUGUUGCCUUACGAGGCUCUCGACACUUCACCACAGCUUCGACAAAGACCUGGGCAGAUUACCCGAAGAGGAAGUGUUACGACAUAAAGUGCUCCUUGAUUUUUAGAUAAACGUUAACAGUGAACAGCUGGCAUGAAUCUACCUCAUUCAUGUUAAGUCACAGCCAGUUAUGUGCUUUUGUAUUAAAUAACUUAAAGGAAAAUAAAAACGGGAAGAGAUACUCAGUGUUUCAUUUGAUGAGUGAAAGUUAAUUACAUUAUUUUAUUCAAAAAAGGAAUCUUCUCAUUUUUGUUAUUGUUACAUAUAAAAUCAGAUUGAAGGUUUUAACUUUAAUGUCAGUCAGUAAAAACUGCAGAUCGUGUCUUAAGUUCAUAAACGUCACUUUGUUGGACGGCAAAACUGAAAUAUCAAGUUUAUUUUAAUCUAAAUUAUAUUGCAGCAUAGCAGUUAGAUUAAUGAGACAUUUCCCAAAAAUAAAAA